AUAUUUCUUUGUUCAACAGAGGUUCGACUGUCUUGUCCGGAGGAAAGUUUGACGAUUGGUUCAGCAAAAAUAUUGGCAACACCAUCGAAAAUGUAAUAAACAUGCCAAGACCGCGAUAUAUCAAAUCUCACCUGCCGUGGGACUUAUUGCCGAAGCAGCUUCACGAGAAAAAGCCAAAGAUUAUUUACGUAACGAGAAAUCCAAAAGACGUCUGCGUCAGUUACUACCACUAUUUACAAGUAUUCCACUCUAUGAAUUAUAGCUUCAACGAGUUUGCGGAAAUGUUUCUGCAAAGUGUCUGUACGUUAAACAACAUGCAUUAUCGACUUAAAAUAAAAACUUGCCUCGACGUUACAAAUUUUAUAUAAAUUUUUUAAUGUAAU